AUGCUUUUGGAAUGUUCAGAUAUUCUUCCCGAAUGGACUUAUCGAUCAGAACUCAACCCUGAACACGUACACGAAGCUUUGAUGCGACUCCUGCUGGUCGAGAUAGUUCGCAUAGAUAAGGAAAAGUCUGACAUUCCCCUUGUCAUUGGUGGCCGCCCAGUCCCUCCCCCGCCAGGGGACCUGGGACCCUUCCUUCCGUCAGCCGCCCCUGUUGAGCUUGGGGAAGUAUCCCUCGAGCGCGUCACACGCCUCCUCCUUGGCCUCCUUGGCCAAGUCAAACGCCUCGAACGGGAAGUUGGGGAAAUCAAAGAAGCAGGGAUCAAAACCCGCACCAACGUCGAAAAUAUAUCCCAAGCCGUCGAUGUUGUCAAGGAUGGGCUUAGAAGCCUCCAGCUCCACGGGCCACGGACCCCAGAGGACACAAAACCCCCGGUCGUGGAAGCAACGCCACGCCCCCUAUCAAAAGUUGACCCUAUUGGAUCGACUACCCACUCCGGUCCAAGCAGUGCCCCCGCAAGUCCCAUCUCCCCUCCAUCUCCGCGUCUCCAAUCCCCCAUCGGAGCACCUGCCCCUCCACCUCCGGCUCCAGUCGCCGCCUAUCCCGCUCCGGUCAAGGUUGACCACCCCAACGCCUACACAGGCAAAAUAGGGAGCAAAGCAAAGCAGUGGCUGACCCGGAUGUUAGCCUGGACCCGCCUCAACUCCCGCAUGUUCCCCACGGACCAAGAGGUCUUAUCAUUCCUUCUCAUGAACAUGAAGGAUUCCGCGGGAGCAUGGGCCCAUCCACACCUUGACCAGCUUGGGUCACACCAAGCCAUUAUCCAAACGGUCAAAGGGUUCAAACUGGAGUUCCUGGCAGCAUUUGGUGACCCUGAUGCCACAAGGGCCGCCAAGCGGAAGAUAACCUCCCUUACCCAAUCCGGCACAUGCGCGGAUUACAUUACAAAGUUCAGAACCUUAGCCAUGGAACUGGACUGGAACGACGCGGCCCUCCGAGGCCAGUUUGCCCGCGGCCUCCACUGGGAGGUCAGCCGCCAAAUUGCCACCCGCGAGCACCAACCCCGCACCCUCCUCGAGCUGCAAAACGCAGCACUCGUCAUCGAUAACGCUCUCCGCAAAGAGCGAGCUAGCCACCCACCAAGGGAUAAUAAGUCUAGCAGACCAUCCAACCCGCAAGGGGGACAAAAACUCUCCGACAACCCCAACUUUGUGUCGGAAGAAGAACGCAAUUGCCGCCGCGCCGCAGGCGCCUGUAUCAAGUGCGGCAAAAUGGGUCACAAGUUCGCGGAAUGCCGCACGGGCUGGAAAGCCACCCCUAUUGAGGAUAAGGGGAAGGCUAAGGAAGCCGCCAAGAUUGGCAAAGACUCCGAGUACCAAUCGGGAAAAGAGUAA